AUGGAGCUUGCAGAGGGAUCAAGGAAAAGGACCCGUGCAAGCUGUGGCGGCGGCGGCGGAAGCUCGGCCGGUGGCCCAGACCGGCUGAGCGCUCUACCGGACUGCCUCCUCCACAUCAUCAUGUCCUCCCUCAAGGCCCGACAGAUGGUGCAGUUGUGCGUGCUGACUGUUGGGGCUCCAAGAUCAAGAGUAUCCACACGCUGGAGGUACCUCUGGCGCUUCGUGCCGUGUCUCAACGUCGACAUCGUUGAGUUCAGGACCAAGGCGGCGGUGCAUGCCUCCAGCAAUGGCGGCAGCGACAGCAGCUAUUACUCUGAUGAUGAUGACAGCACCGACUUCGGCUCGGGCAACAACCAGGACAAGGGAAAAGGGUGGGAUGAAUUCGAGGAUUUCGCCGUCAACCUCAUGCUCCGUUGUAACAUCGCGCUGCUGGAUUCCUUCAGGCUAGACAUUGAUAGGGGCAGGAAACCUCAGUCCUAUAAUUGGUCUGGCAGUGCAACACAAGGCUGGGAAUACAGCGGCCAACAAGCAACGGCGUGGCUCCGUCGCGCGAUGAAAUUCCUGGAAUUCCAGAACCUGAGGAACUUGCUGCUGGGCGACUGUGAUCUCAGUGAUGACUUCCGCGUAUUGCGGUUCUUUCAUCGAGGUUCACCUAAUCUAGAGAAGGUCACUUUGCGGCACUGCAAGUUCCCAGGUGAUUCUGAGGACAAGGAAGGAACGCGCAAACUGGACAAGACCUCAUCUUCUGGUUGCUGCUGUGGCCUGGACUUCCUACGUGAUGAGAACGUCGAGCUUGAAAUCAUACAUAAAGAUGACGAUGCCUGUCGAUCUGUUGACGAGCUUGUGCGUGACUUACCAAAUCUCAAAGGUACAACUGAUGCUGUUCCUGACGCUGCUGCUGCUACUGAAGAUUCGAUGCCUCAUUCAACUGGAGUUGGGCGUCGUCGGGGAACUCGGCGCAGGAGGACCAGCGUGCGCAUCUCGGGACCAGAAUGGGAAUGA